AUGCUUCUACCUGGAGUCCUUAUUCUGGACAAAGACGUGUUUCACUACAGUAAUUAUCCAGAUAGUUCAGACAAAUCUCUUGGGGCGGGAGACCUCCAGUCUCUCAAAACCUACUCCCCCAUCCCAAACCCACACUCUCCGGUGGCGUUCAGCUUUAGCAGGAGGAGUAACUGGCCGGCACAGCACUGCAACCAACAACUCGCUAAACUGGACUUUGGUCCUCCAAACUGGGGCAAAACUGUAGGUACCACCCAGCCAGGACGCGAUCCCAGCGGCCCAACACCACCGGCUGCCAGCGAUGACUGCGAGAGUCUGGGCCUCGCGAGUCCGCUGCCCAAGAACACCCCCCACCCGAGCGCGAUCUGGGGGUCCUCCCGCGGCGCUGGGGCACCCAUCCCUCUGCCCCACGACCCCUCCAGGCUCCCGGGGCGGCCUGACCCCACUCAACUUGACCUACCCCGGGUUUCCUGGAGCUCAGGAGAGGGGGGCGCCGCGCUCAUUGCCCGGGACCAUCUCUCCACCGCUCCAACCCCGAUUUCAACAUUUCGGCUACCACGGCGUUGGGAGAGGAAAGUAACAGAGCGCCCCCUCUGCCCUCUCCCCACCUCCCUGCUCCCUGGCCCUCCGCCGGGGUUAAAAAGGAGAAGUGAAAGGUAUGCAAAUGACAAGCAAAUUGGAAGAGCCUGGAAGAAAGGCAGCUGUAAUAAAGUAGACAAAGAGAAGGGACGUGGGGGCUGGCCCAGGAGUUUUCACCGGGGACACGGGAAGGAUGAGGCUCGGCGGAAAGCGGGGAUCCGGGCGAACAAAAAGCGACCCCAUGUCCCCCCGGGGCCCUCUCUCCAGAGAAGCGAGGGCGAGAGAAAGAGGAAAGGAAGCGGGCGCCCCCGCGCACCCCAGCCCAGGACACAAAAGGUGACAAGAUCAGCGCCAAGUCCAGCACUGCCAGCCUCCCCCCCCAUCGCCACCGCCACCGCCAACCCCGGCCACCAGCGGGAAAGAAAAAGAAAUAAAAGCCGAGCGAGCGGAUCACUUACUCUUCGGAACUGGGGAGAGCGGAGCGCGGAGUUCCACGGAGGCUCCUGCUCAGAAACCGUGUUCCAGGCGGUUUUCUUCUGGUUCAUUUAAAUAACACCAUUUUCU